GCUGCCGCGCGAGUGGAAAGGCUCCUGGGAAACUCUCAAGGUUCCGGGACUUUGGAAAGGAGAGAGCUAGCAGUCCCCGCGCGCAAGUCUGCGAGUGAGUGCUCAGCUCGGCACCUGUUCCUCUCGCGCCACCGCCUUCCCACCCCUCGGACCCGAGCCUCCCGGGCGCCCGCCCGCCCCGGCGAUGAAUCCCUCGCUGGGCAACCAGACGGAUGUGGCCGGCCUGUUCUUGGCCAACAGCAGCGAGGCGCUGGAGCGCGCGGUGCGCUGCUGCACCCAGGCGUCCGUGGUGACCGACGACGGCUUUGCCGAAGGCGGCCCGGACGAGCGCAGCCUGUACAUCAUGCGUGUGGUGCAGAUCGCCGUCAUGUGUGUGCUCUCGCUCACCGUGGUCUUCGGCAUCUUCUUCCUUGGCUGCAACCUCCUUAUCAAGUCCGAGGGCAUGAUCAACUUCCUGGUGAAAGACCGAAGACCGUCUAAGGAGGUGGAGGCGGUGGUCGUGGGGCCCUAUUGACCGGCCCUCCGGCCCCCGCGGCGGCCGCCCCACACUCCCCACUUCGCCAGUCCGGCCGCGCCCCCUCACCAUCCGAGACUGGGCGAAGCAAACCUGUCGGAGUCAAUUAUUUCUCUCGACUUCUGCCUUUCGGGAUGAAACGACCUGUUUCUCGCUCGCUCUUUGAAAGUCCAUAUGCCUGGCUGUAGGAGGAGAGCGCUCUGACUCUGGACUCGGCAGCAAGAGGCAAGAAGAGGACGGUCGGAGCUCGAACUUUGGAAGCUGCGGCUAGCUUGGGAUGCGGGGGAACCGACGGGGCGAAGGCCCUUCUCCACCCGCAGGUGGGCCAAGCUAUGGGAGCAGGUAGAGAGGGCGGGCAGGGGAGAGACCCAGCGGCACCGAAUGCCCGGGUGGCCUGGAAAGUGAUCCGUGUAUACGACACCUAACAAAACUAAUGGGGACACAAAUCCGUGUCGGGAUUCGCGCCCAUUCUCUCCCGCUUCUCCCAGCCCUGGCGGGAGAGGCGAUAAAUACCUUCUGAUUGAUUACAACGUGCCGUUUUAAGGGAUUUUUGUGUUUGCUUGAAUAUAAAUAUUUGAUAACUCCUUUUCUGCCCUAGUGGCCUGUUUGCCUGCCUGGGAGUUAGAGUUUUGUCAUCGUGGGGAGAGGGUGGGGGGAGGGGGAGCCUGCGAAUGUGAAAGGGGUGAGUUGUUUCUUUCAUUGCAUUCACAACUGGGUCUUUUGGAGAGGAGGGGCUGGCGCCCCUGCUGGCCCCCAGCAAAGACCCGAAGUAGAACUCAUAGGUAGCUCGUGACUGUACGAUUUACGCCAAAAAAAAAGUGCUCUUGACGUUCGUGACACCAUUUUGACUUUUUUUUUUUUCUUGUUUAACAUUUCCUUAAUAAAUGCAACAUUUAAGUGUUU